CUUCCUCUGCUUCCAAACCUACUGCCCCCGUUCUAACGAAUCCCAACUAAUAUUCCUCCUCCAUUCUACUCCUACUUUGUGGAUCGUGACAGCAUCAUAAGAAGGCUGGCGGGGAGGAGGGCCAGCACGGCCACACCAUAACCACCAUAGCGCUUCUUACCGAGCCACACUACUUUCGCUCGUAUAGCCUCGUAGCCAACGCCCGAACGCUCACCGUGGAUAGGAUGCGGCGACCGGCCAUGGGAAGGGCAAUGGCGCCGCUCCUCGUGCUGGCGGUCCUGGCCGUCGCGGCGGCCACGGCCGGGGCUGUUGACGGAGAUGUCAAGUGCGCUGAGUGCGGCACGGGCACGGUGCCGGUGCCCGUGCUGCCGCCGCCGCCGCCGUACUACUACUACAGCCCUCCGCCUCCGGCGUCCUACCCCGGUGUGUCCAACUGCCCGCCGCCGCCAGGGGGGUACAUCCAGAUCGGGGGCUCGGCGCCGGGCAAAGGGCGCAUGUACCCGCAGGACCCCGGGUUCAUGCCAUCCAGCGCGCAGCCCAGGCAUGGGAGCCGCGCCGUCCACUUCACGGUAUGUUCGUUUGCGGCGUUGGCGAUUCUACGGGCCUUUUGGUGAUCGAUCUGCGGCAACUGCGCGGCCAUCGUCUCCGUUACGUGUCGCGACGGAAGGACAGAGACGUGCCGGCGUUCCAUGGAUCUCCUGUGUAUGCAUUCACCUUGUAAUAAUUCUUACUGGUCAUAUGUUUUGUAGUUCUUGUAAUACAUCAAGCUCCUUUUUCUCAAUUUUGUUUCUUGUUACAGAACUUUUACUUGUAACAAAUUAGUUGCAAAUCAAUGGAACUAGCAGGUCAUGGUGGGUA